UGAAGCUCUCCUUUCUCUUUAUCGAUUUUUAAUUUGUAAGAGGAGAUCACGGAGAAUAUUGGCAUUUCGGAUUUUCUGCUUCGUUACGUGGAGAAUAAAACCAGAAAGAUAAAGUAAGAAGAAGAAGAUGACGAUGCCUUUUCCAAGUUACUACGAAUGGGAGGAUAAUAGUUCAAAUCGGAAUUGCUUUCUCUGGUCACUGGAGAUGAUGAACGAUGGACGUCCGACUUCAGGUUCGAGAAUAACGGCGGAGGCAAAAGCGGUGGCUGCAUGUAAGAGUCACAGUGAAGCUGAGAGGAGACGCCGGGAGCGGAUCAACGGUCACCUCGCCACCCUUCGUACUCUUCUUCCAAACACAACCAAGACGGACAAGGCAACGUUGCUAGCAGAGGUGGUCCGGCAUGUGAAGGAGCUGAAGAAGCUUGCUGCCAACUUGGCAGCACAGGAUGGAGAAGGAUGCAACGGCAGCAGCAGAGAGUGGGCGUUCCCGGGUGAGACGGACGAGCUGACGUUGGGUUACUGCGACGAGGAAUCGAAGACGAUAAAAGCGUCGUUGUGCUGCGAUGACCGACCGGACCUGCUGUCGGAUCUGACGAAAGUGCUGAAGUCAGCCGGGGGGAGGGUAGUGAAGGCGGAGAUGGCGACGUUGGGGGGUCGAACCAAAGGCGUGUUUGUGAUAGAAAGGCGAAAUGGGGGAGGUAGCGGAGAUAACGAAGAUUUGGAGAUGCUGCGAAGGGCACUGAAGUCUGUUUUCGACAAGCCCGUUUUGCCUGCUUGGGGCGAGAUAUUGCCGGGAAAUAAGCGGCCGCGUCUUUUCCGGCCAACUCAUUACCAAUAACUCUGACUUCUCAACCUUCUUUUUAUUUUUAUUUUUUUUAAAAAACCCUUCUUUUAUGCACAUACAGAUUGACCUCAGAGCUCGGAAUUGUAAAAUGGUUUUCAUUUUGUUACUCUUUUUUAGGGAAUUGGAAUAUCUUUUUCUUCGUGGAAGAAUUAGGUCAUGGGUAUUGAUUUCUCAGGUAAGUUUUCAGUGGGAAAAAAAGUCACUUCCUCU